GUGUGGGCGGGGCCGGCGGUCGUACCGGCCUGGAGGCUUGCGGAUCUGAAUCCUUCUCCGGCGGCCAGGGAAACACAGGACCAUGAGCGUCCAGAAGCGGGAACCACAGAGGUGGCGGGGCUGAGCCCCGCUGAGACCUCUGGGCCGGCCAUGGGCGACCGUGAACGCAACAAGAAGCGGUUGCUGGAGCUGCUGCAGGCUGCGGGCACUGGCAACGGGCACUGCGCCGACUGCGGGGCAGCGGGCCCAGCCUGUCCCUGCACCCUAGUCCAGUCCUUGUCCAGCUCAGCGGAGAUCCUGCUCUUCCACCCCGCAGAUCCUGAUUGGGCCUCUUACAAGCUGGGGGUUUUCAUCUGUCUCCACUGCUCUGGCGUCCAUCGCAACUUCCCAGACAUCAGCAAAGUUAAAUCCGUGAGACUGGACUUCUGGGACGACAGUAUGGUGGAGUUCAUGACUCACAAUGGGAACCUCAGUGUGAAAGCCAAGUUUGAAGCUAGAGUCCCAACUUUCUACUACGUCCCUCAGGCCAGCGACUGCCUGGUCUUAAAGGAACAAUGGAUUCGAGCUAAGUAUGAAAGGCAGGAGUUUAUGGCUGAGAAAGCUGUCUCGCCCCCAGGUGAUCGAGAAGGCUUCCUGUGGAAGCGAGGAAGGGACAACUCCCAGUUCCUGAGGAGAAGGUUUGUCCUUCUGUCAAGGGAAGGCCUGCUGAAGUACUACACCAAGGAAGAGGGUAAAACCCCAAAGGCUAUCAUCAACAUCAAGGACUUAAAUGCCACCUUCCAGACAGAGAAGAUUGGACAUCCCCACGGGCUGCAGAUUACCUACAGGAAGGAGGGCCAAACCAGAAAUCUGUUUGUAUAUCAUGACAGUGGAAAGGAGAUAGUGGAUUGGUUCAAUGCUCUCCGUGCAGCCCGCCUGCAAUACCUAAAAUUGGCCUUUCCUGAUCUCCCAGAGUCUGAGCUCGUGCCUCUCAUCACCAGGAACUACCUCAAACAAGGCUUCAUGGAGAAGACUGGUCCAAAGCAUAGAGAACCCUUCAAGAAAAGGUGGUUUGCCUUGGAUCCUCAGGAGCGGAGGCUGCUGUAUUAUAAGAACCCCCUGGACGCUUUUGAGCAGGGCCAGGUUUUUCUGGGAAGCAAUGAGCAGGGAUAUGAAGUAUGGGAAGGCCUGCCCCAGGGCAUCCGAGGGAACCGCUGGAAGGUCGGACUCACGGUCAUCACUCCGGAGCGGAAAUUCGUCUUCACCUGCCCCACGGAAAAGGAGCAGCGGGAAUGGCUGGAGAGUCUGCGGGGUGUCCUGUCCAGUCCCUUGUCGCCCCUCCACCUCCUCAGUGAGAAGUGGGGGGUGGGUGGGGAUUCCUUUGGGUGAGGGCAGAAAAGGGCUUCUUCACUGUGGUCCCGGAGGGGCCUGACUCAGCUGUUUGAGUCUCCCUCACUUCCUGCCAGAAAAAAAGCACACAUUGCACAUUUUUGUCAGAAAGUCCCUUCCGCACCAGUUCCUCUAUGCGGCCAUCCUCAUGAACUCCAGGAGGAGUCUGGCCCUAGCAGAACUGUAGAGGUUGGCUAUACCCUCUGGUCAGACCCCCACCCCCACCCCCACCCGUUCCCCAACAUGCCCUUGUCCCUUUUCUCAUAAGAAGACACUGGCCUAGGAUCCUUAGCAGAGGACACCCUGCUGGGAACACACUGGGAUUCUGGAUUCCUGCCCACCCAGAAGGAAGGCUAUUUUUAGUGUUCUCUUGUCUCCCUCCCCUGUCCCUCCUCUUCACCCCAGAUGGGUCACAAGGAGACUGUUCCCAUCUGUUGACAACCCUGUGAAAAGCAGAGAUGUGCUGAGUUAGGGCGGAAGCCUCUGACCCAGGGCAGAGUUUCCAGGGCAUAAAGGAAAAGCCAUGUAUUUGAGAGAGUAUAACCUGACAGGUGACCCCAACAGCCCUUGGGGGAAACUCUGGUGCCUCUCACCAGUAUGAAUACAACUGUCUCAACCUGGCAUGGUAGCUAGCCUAUACCUUUAAUCUCAGUGUUGGGGGCAGAGGCAGGGAGAACUCUGAGUUCAAAGCCAGCCUGGUCUACUUAGUGAGUUCCAGGACAGCUGGAGCUACACACUGAGACUCUGUUUCCAAAACCCAAACUAAACAAAGGGACAAACAAACCCAGCCCACAACUGUCUUUGCCUUCCUUUUCCCAGAAGGCAAUUGAGCACUCCAGCAGCUGCUCUCUGUGGGCCUGAAUCCCUGAGUCUCUGCCACUGCUUCCUCUGUCUCCUGUCUAUCUCAUUGGUCUGCUUUUGUUGUCUGUUUUUUAUUGUUUUUUUUUUCUGUUUUAUUCUCAUUUAAAGUUUCUUUUUGCUUCCAGUGUUGUCCUGGCUCCCUCUGUCACACCACACUUGUCCCUUCCAUGUCCCCCAGCAGGGCAGCACCAGCAUGGCCUUCCCCAGCCCUCUUCUUUCUCUUGCAGCCACAUCAGCAAAGAGUGGCUGAGGCCUGAGGUGACCCAUCUCGGAGGAUCUGGCUGGCCACUGAGCACCUGAAGUCCUGGAGAAGUGUUCACCUCAGCCCUGGUUGUCCAGAAGGAAGUCCUGAGGCCAGCAGCUGCCCUUGCCUGUGAACUCUGUGAAGGUGAGGUUUAUCCUACGACUCCCUGGGCUCCUUCCAGAACAUUUCCCAGUCUUGAGGAGUUGGGACCGAGAAGAAUUCAGCUCUCCAAGCUUAGAUGUCCUCAUAACUGCACCGAAAGUCAGCCAUGGUGAUGCGUGCAAGUUGAGAGGCAGGAAUGCCAUGAGCCCAGUGCCAACGUGAACCACCCAAGGAGUUCAAGUCUAGCCUGAAUUGCAUAGCAAGACCUUGUCUCAAACAACAAACAAACAAACAAACAAACAAAAACAAAACAGAAAAAACAGCAGUCAGGAGGCAGAGACUGACGGAUCCAAGACAGUCACAGCCAAGGCUGGUUACACUGAAAAACACUGUCUAGAAAAACUAAGAACAAAAAACAGAAACAAAAGCAAGUAAGCAGGGUUGGGGAUUUAGCUCAGUGGUAGAGCGCUUGCCUAGCAACCGCAAGGCCCUGGGUUCGGUCCCCAGCUCCGAAAAAAAGAAAAGAAAAAAAAAAAAAAAAGCAAGUAAGCAAACAACAAACCAAAACUACAGAUAGGGGUGGACACUGCAAUAAAAAAGGUGCCCACAGCAUCCAGAUUGUACAAACGGAAAAAUUUUAAAGUUUAGUCUGAACUUAACUAUGAAGAAAUAGUCAGACAUUUAUUUAUUACUUAUAUGUUGCUAUGCAACUAGCUUGGGGCUAUUCAAAUGACACAAUUAUAAAAGAUGAAAUUGGCCAGGCAUGGUGAUACACGCCUUUAGACCCAUGCACUCAGCAGGCAGAAGCAGGAAGAUCUCUUUGAGGUCAAGGCCAGCCUGGUCUACAUAGUGAGUUCCAGGACAACCAGAGCCACAUAGAGAAUUUGUUUAAAUAAACUGAGGGGAGGGGGUGGCACAGACAGACAGACCAAAGCCAGGGUGGUACCUAUAAUUUUAGCAUUAGGGAAGUAGAGGCAGGAAGAUCAAAGGCUCUGCUAUUAUACAUAGAGAGUGAAAGGCUAACCUGGGCUACAUGUUACCCUCAUUCAAAAAAGAAGAAGAAGAAAAAAAAAACCUGUACCAAGUCAUGGCAACAAAUGAAGUUUGGGAUUCUUGAUUGGAACCUGGACUUAAAAAGAGAAACCUUAAUGUUAGGUGGCAUUGAUGGUACAUGCCUUUAAACCUAGUACUUGGGAAGUAGAGGCAGGCUAAUCUUUGUGAGUUCAAGGCCAGCCUGGUGUACCAAGUGAGUUCCAAGAUAGCCAGGGUUACACAGAGAUUCUGUUUCAAAAAAAAAAAAAAAUCGGGAGAAGGGCUAGCAUUGGCUGCUCAUCCAGAGGUCCUGAGUUCAAUUCCCAGCAACCAUAUAGUGGCUCACGACCAUCUGUAAUGGGAUAUGGUGCCCUCUUCUGGCUUGCAGGCAGAACACUACAUAAUUUAAAAAAAAAUGAGAGAGAGGGAGACAGAGAGACAGAGGCAGACCUUGGAGCUGGAUUGAUGGCUCAAUAGUUAAGAGCCCUGGCUACUCUUGCAGAGGACCCAGGUUCAAUUUCCAGCACCCACAUAGCAGCUUACAAUUGUCUGUAACUCCAGUUCCAGGGGAUCAGACACCCUCACACCAAUACAUGGAAUAAUUUUAAAAAGAAGCCACUGCACUGUAAAAGACAUAAUUGCUGUUGGAGGAACUAGGCUCUGGAUGUAUAUUAGACAGCAGUGUUGUAAGGCUGUAACAAUCAUGAUGUUUGUACAGAAUGUUCCUGUCCCGUGGGACACAGACCAAAGUAAAAUGUGGUGAUGUCUAUGGCCAAUUUUUAAAUGGUUCAACUGAAAAAAAAGUCAGUAUAUGUAUAUGUGUACACGAAUGGAAUGCGUGUGUGUGUGUGUGUGUGUGUGUGUGCGCGCACGCGCGCAUUUCUAUAGCUAUAUACAGAGAGCAUACCACUGAUGAAUCUGGAUGAAAUGUAAAUUGGACAUUUAUUUUCCUACUUGUGAACAUUUUAUAUAGAUUUGAGUUUUCAUAUUAAAACAUUGAUAAAACACCCAGA